UCGCGGGCCCGCUUUUGGCCUCACCGCCCGAAACAUUUCCCAUCUCUCAACCCACUCUCUCCCUCCCGAAUCUCUCCCCCAAUCUCGCACUCUCCCUGCGGCGGCGGCGGCUAUCGGGCGCGGCGAGCGGUGGAGCACGGUCGGUGACCGGAGGACUGAGCCGGCGGCCAAGAAGCAGUACGGGCAGCUGAUCUAUCGCACUCGGUGAAAUGCCCUCUUACUACGACGUCGAUGACAUCCUCAUGGAGGAGGAGCCUAUUUCGGCUGUUUUCCAAGUAACUGCCAAUGGCGUGGGUCUGCUAGAUCCCGGUGCUGAGAGAAACAGUGUUGAAAAAGGUGCGAAGGUAGACCUUCCAUUCUGGCUUGCACACGGGAUGCUGUCUCUAGAACAAGCGGUGUCGAUAAAUGUACCCCCUUGCUUCACCCAGAAAACUCGCAAGGAGAUCCAAGCUGAUGCAGCCUGUGUUGAUUUGAGGGUUCGGUGCCCCUACUUCUAUGAGCUAGGAUGCAAGAUUGUUCCAUUGGUGAGCGACAAGAGCAUUGGCCAGUUCCUGCGCUACGCGUUCGUAAGCAGGUACAAGGAGAUACUGAGCAAAUCGCACAGCUCCUCCACGACGACAGUGCCCAAGUUCACCCCACGCCUAACAAAAGAAGAAGCUCGAGUGUUCGACUCCGCCAGGGAAUCGAUGACCGCUUUCAAGAAAUGGCGCGUCGGAGGCGCGAGGCUGCAGAAGGCGUCCAUCCUUGGCAGGAAGAGGAAGACAAAGCUUCCCGAUGGGUCCUCUACAUCCUGAAGUAACCGUGGCUAGCGGAAGAAUGAAGUGCUGGAGCUGGUGUUAUGUAUGUACACUGAUUGUUCUGGUACGUGAGAAAUGAAAUAAAAGGCAAAAUACCGGUCUGAGGUCAGACAUCUAUGUCAUCUUAUGUUGUAGUCCCAUGAGGCGGGCCAUGACUUGUAAGGAAGUACUACCAAGAUGUUUGUUUGUAUGGAAAAAGCGGCACCUUUUCUA